GGCAAUAAAUUCGCUGUAACAGAGCUGCUUCUAGCAUUCUGUUGAGUAGAAGUAUCCCAGCAGAGAAAAUAACAGGCAAAAUAAGGACUGGAAAAGAAAGUCAGCUGAGGUUAUCAGUAUUUCUCAGAUGCUCCCAGAAUGCUGCUCCGCUCUGGUCAUAAGAAGCCAUAUGAAGUGUCUCGCCAUCGAAGGCAGUCUGUUAAGACACAACCUAUGCUUAGGAAAAGGAAAACACUUCGUAGAAAUUCAGGCUUCUGUGCAAAACCUUGCUCUGGCUCCGACUUCCCACUGGGCUCUAUUCCCUACUUGUUUAGUCUGCGACAAACAGUGAAAUGUUAUAUACUAACUGAAGACUCAAAAACAGUGCAUUUUGACAUAGAUGAAGAUGGCCAUCAUGAAAUAUCAAUCAAGGAUUCACAAUCCCAUGAAGACAUUGCAUGGUUGAGCGUGUUUACGAGGAAUGAAUCAGAAAUUACUGAUUCUAAAAAUUUGGUGAGCCUCACUCAGAGAUCAAAGCUUAAUGAAUUUGUCCUACUGUGCAAGGGUAAGAAGCGCCUCUCUCUGAAGGUCUUAAAAGCAUCCUGUUCAGAGCCAGAUUGUCCUUCCAUGGAAAGAUGCAACAUGAAAACAUGCAACCAUGAAGAUCCUGACUUCAAACAGCUGAAUGAAGAUAAUAACUUUUUCAUCAUGCAUUGCCAAGGAGAUUCAGUACAGUUCCAAUGCUAUGAAGACAGAAGUUACUAUCUGCAUGUGAAUGACGACUCACUCGAUAUUUGCAAGCUGGAAAACAAAGAACCCAACGAGGACAAAAAUUUUUACUUCAGGGUGUCAUAUUUACAGGAAAAGUAACUUGUCUACCUUUCAGUGGCUUAAGUGCCCACACUCCUAAGAAGAGGAGGAAGUUUGAGAUCAACUAAUUUCUGUUUUGGCUGAAAUCUUACAUUUACGUAAUUUCUGAGUCACCGACAUCUUUUAUUUCUCUACUUUCAACAUCAAAAGAGGAAGGCUAAAUUUGAAAAACAUACCAACUGAUCAGUCUCUGUGUCUUACCUGAACAAUUAUCUUUUCAAGGAUAUGAAAUCUUCUGGAAUAGGAAAAAUACAUGGGGGAUAUUUCAAAGAUGGAAAAAGAAGGAACAUACGUGAAUAUGAACAUAAAAAGUGCAGUUAGUUCUCCCUGUGGUGAAUGUUUUACUUUUUUAAAAAUGUCUAUUAUAACCUCUGAACUUAACAAGAAAACAUUUAGAAGUUAUUAAACGCAUAUGUGCAUAUCCUGACUGACUUUGAGAAAGGAGUGGAAAAGGUGUCUCAGGUCUAACUGAGAAUGAGGGAAGAAGCUGAAAGUUAGAAGAUCCCUCUGCACUUGUAUCUCCAAGUCAUUCCAUACACUCCAUUAUGCAAUUUCAGCAUCUAUCCACCUCUCUAAGAUGUAUACAGAGCAUCAGAUGCACAGUGUGCAGGUAGCUGGAGGGAGACACUGACAGGUGCCUGUGAACACUGGCAGAAAGUUGCUCUGACAUAUUGGCUUCCACCUCUGAAUCCUAGAGGAGAAAUGCAAUCGUGUUCAUCUACAGAGUGCAGAACAACAUCUGAAAAAUAAUUAUGUUCAAAAUAACUGAAUUAAAUAAACACUAGGUGCAUAUGUGUGGAGGAGCAGUAAGAGUACCUAUCUUUUAGCAACAGGAUCUGUCGGUGUGAAAUAGAAGAUGACAACACUUAAAUGUCCAUAGAUCAUACCCUGCAGGGCAUAACACAUUUGAAAUACAGGAGAAAACAAACUAAAAGUGAUCCAGAUAAGUAGGUGUUAAAGAUCUGGUUCUGCACUGCUAUAUAUGGAGUUCCACCAUGAUUUAGUAGCAAUUUUCUGUCAUGUAAGGAAUUUAGGAAUGUACGUGCAAAAAUUAGAGACAUGAUGCAUCUAUGCCAAGAAACUGUUGCUUAGUUGCAGCAAAACAGACUGUAAGAUACACAACACUUGCAGGAAUUGCUCUGUGUAAAUAUCAUCAACAGUGCAUACCUGAAAUAGGAACCCUAAGGUCAAUCAGUUAGUCACACCAAUGAACAUUGCAGUAAGGCAAUUAUCUAUUGUAGACCAAACUUCAAAGGUCUAUAAGAUCUUAAAAGGUUUCGUGGCUUGCUUAGUGUAUUCUUCAAAUAGUGAAAAUAAUUUUGUUUGUUUCAAUGCUGACUGAACAGAUUUUGAGUAUUCUCUAAAUAAUAUUUAAAAAUUCUGGACCUGCCAAGAGCUCAAUAAGUUAGUGGGAAGAAAAAGAAGCCCCAAAACUCUAGGUACUGUUUUCAUCACACAUUACACUAGAAUGAAAUUAUUUUAGCACUACUUAUGAUGUUGCACAAGAAAUAGAUUAGAUUAUGCAACAGGUACAAUAAUUUCACUAUGUGAUACACAAACACUUCAUAGUAAUAUAUUUAUUACUGGCAAUGUGAUCAUCUCACUAAAUUACAAAAAUUUGCUCUCUAGAUGGCAAACUGAUGAAAAGAUAAGUCAUCAUGAAACUCAUACAAAGCACACAAAUGAAAUCAGCUGAUAUCACCACAAAAGUAAUGUUGACCUCAGUGAAUUUUGAAUCUAUUUUAUAAUUAAAUCUUAAAUUAUGGUUAUGUGCAGAAUUUUGUACUUUUACUGUCUACCUUAGAAAUAAGAUUUUUUUUUAACAAUUCAAGGGAAAAAAGCCCUUAUGGAAAACAGCAGCAGUAAUUUUGAAAAGUUUCAGAGUUAAAAUAUAAGAUAGUAGUGUCAUUUAGACAUAUAAGAUAGUAAUGGCACCUUACUAGAGAAACAGAACAAGUGAGAACAGAAGGACACAGUAGAGAGAACAGAAAGACAAACUAGAAAAAAAAAUAGCUAAAAAGUAUGAAAUGGAGAAGAACAAAUAAAAAGUUUGAUAAUAAAGCUUAGAAAGAAUAGUGUGACUCUACGCACAUUCCUUCAUCCUUCUAGAAAACUAAUGAGUAGAAGAGUUAACUACACUAACCCUGCUAAAAGCCUGUAGUUCUCACAUAGCUGAGCAGAGUACCAUGUCUUGAAAUGUCCAUAUCAGUUCCAAAGCCCUUUUAUUACACUACCAAUAAUUUCCCAAAUGAGUGCAAAUUGCAGUUCAAAGAAGUUAUAAUGGUUAUGUUUAAAAACAUCCUUUUAGCCCUAAGCUCACCUCUGGCUGCAUGGUAUUCUACAGUUGUACAGGGAGCUGCAAAUAAGGCUAAUUGAAGUGGUGCCCUAGGAUAUAUGGUAAAGUGACAAGUAUGUGCUGAUAGACAACAGAAAUUUAAUCGAUUGCCAAUCAUUUGAAGCUUUAGCUCCUCAAUAAACAUCGUGUUAACUGUUUAAGUGGCAUAUCAAAUUACCUGUUUUUCCUAUAUGAGAAGAAAUGAAGGAAAACAAAGAGAAAGAAUUAAGUAUAUCUGUCCAUGCAUAUGGGUACUUCUGACUAUUUAGAAAGUCAUAUGUUCCUCAUUAUUCACUGCAGCUGUACUAGAAGUUGCACCACCUCUGAGUCAGGUAUCAGCUUAAUUUCUUUGAUAGCUUACAAAGACAGAAAGUAGUUAAUUAGUAAUUAAUUAUGAGUUUGGCUUGUUUUCAGUUUGAUCUACAUAUACAGCUGUUAUUUAGAAACAGAGGAUAUAUAAUCCAAAGUGCAGUUUCAGAAAACCUAUAAAUUCUGACCUUUGCUGCUUCCUUUACUGGCACCCCCACAUUUUCUGUGUACAAUUAAUUUAAUUAUGUCAUUGUCUUGAAUAAACUCAUAGUAGACUAUUAAUCACACUAAUUUAGUAUUACACUAGUGUUAACUACUAUCAUAUGUUGACUAGUACAUUAUAAAAAAAUAUGUUUUGCAUUUAAAAUGUUGGGCUAUCUUUGCUGACAAUUAAGCUUUACUUUUAAGGUAAGCCUUAAAAUUAUUUUACAUGUUUGAGUCAAGAGUAGAGAAAAUAAUAUUUCAUCCUGUCACACUGAUGUACUUUUGCUAUAACUUUUUUUUCUUUUUCAAAACAAUGGUUUUGGUGUGGUAAAAAUUACCUGUGCUUUUAAAGACCAUCUGACAAACUAUCUAAAGCAUAUCAAUAUCUGUAUGGUACUCAUUCUUCUCAAUUAUCUCUUAUUUAAAUGAGCCUAAUAAUUAACAGGAAUAAUUGCUCAAUGUUUUUGAAACUGGAGCUAACGAAGUGUAAUCUGGAUACAGAACAAGCCCCAGUUCUUGCAUUAGAUGAAAAGAACUCUAAGAUUUGCUCCUGAUGAUCAGAUGGAUCUCAAAGUCAGCCAUGAAUUAGUCAAAAUGUAAUGAUGUGCAUAACAAGUGAAGAGUAACACAUUUCCGUUGACCUCUACCAAGCAGCGGAGCUGACUACAUGAUUUCUGGAGGUCUCUUCCAACCUCAAUUAUUCUAUGUUAACUGCUGGUGAUUCUAUUCUGUAAGAGGAGUUUAUACUGGGAAAAAUCACUUUUGGGAGGAGCCUCGGGAACAUGGAAAUGGGAUAAAAAUACUUUGGGUGAGAAUAAAACAUUUGUUUUUAUGAAAUUUUCCUUUCAGAAGGACACCAAGAUAAGUCCUCAAAUAUGAACCCUGAGUUAUUCUUUGUUGGUAGAUUAUAUUACUGUAAAAGUUAUACAAUGUCUUCUUAAUUCUGUCUCCAGUGUUUUCAUAUUGCAUUAUCUACUUUUUUUGGAGAUAACUCAAAAAUUCAUUCUGACAACAGUAGUUUUACUAUCUGUACUAGAACUAUAAGUUUGUCUCCCUGACUCUUGUUGUAUUCAUAUAUAUACACCUUUCCCAUGUAUUACUGGAUAUAUAUCUUGGUCUGAAUGUACUAGUUUGGUGGAAAUCCACACUUUUUCCCCAUGUUAGAACAGUAAAUAAGCAAAAUGGUUGAAGCUGUGGUAUUGAAGAGUGGCAUCGCUUCUGCGUUUGUAUAGCCUGCAAUAACACUUGCAGUCGCAUGGUACAUUCUGAACCAAAGUUUUGUAAAACAUUACGUAAAAUAAAGGUGGAUACAAAUUUCAUUGUGUACAUUUUAAAUAAACUACAGACAGAAAAAUGACUUAGCCAAUACCAGGCAAGAGCAAAU